AUGGUAGAUGAGGAAAUGGGAUCCAAAGCCAAAGGUCUUGUGAGACCAUUAACCACAAAACAUGUACAAGCUCUGAGUUCUCACAUACAUCUCUUCUGCCUCCUCUGUGCUCUCUUUAUUACACUCUCAGAAGCUGUCUGUAACCCACAAGACCAAGAAUCUCUCCUGUGGUUUUCCAGCAAUGUUUCUUCUUCAGUUUCUCCUUUGAACUGGAACCUCUCCAUUGAUUGUUGCUCCUGGGAGGGAAUAACAUGCGAUGAUACACCAGAGAGUCACGUCACUACAAUCUCCUUACCCCUUAGAGGACUCUCAGGAAACCUAAGUGCGUCUGUUCAAAACCUUCACCGUCUCUCUCAUCUUGAUCUUUCUCAUAACCUCCUCUCAGGUCCUAUCCCACCAGGUUUUUUCUCGGCCCUUGAUCAGCUCAUGGUUCUUAAUCUUAGUUACAAUAGCUUCAUUGUUCUUUUGGGAGCUUUCAACUUAAUCAGUUUCAAUGUUAGCAAUAACAGCUUCACUGGUCCAAACCCUUCCUUCAUGUGCAUGAGUUCCCCUCAGCUCAGCAAAUUGGACUUCUCUUAUAAUGAUUUUUCUGGCCAUAUUUCCCAAGGAGUAGGUACAUGUUUGAAACUUAGUGUCCUAAGAGCAGGCUUCAAUAACAUCUCAGGUGAAAUACCUGUUGAAAUCUACAAUCUCUCCGAGCUAGAGCAACUCGUUUUACCAGCUAAUCAGUUAACUGGAAAGAUUGAUAACAACAUCACCAGGCUCAAGAAACUAACAUUGCUUGAGCUUUACUUCAACCACUUAGAAGGAGAAAUACCAAAGGACAUAGGCCAUCUCUCCAGAUUACAAAGCCUCCAACUACAUAUUAAUAACUUCACUGGUACAGUUCCACUCUCUCUUACAAAGUGUACUAAUCUCAUCAAGUUGAACUUGAGGAUCAACCGACUGAGAGGGAACUUAACAGAGCUAGAGUUUAAUCUGUUGCAGAGUCUUAAGAUUCUUGAUCUUGGGAACAAUAGCUUCACUAGUGAUAUCCCUAAUAAGGUUUUCUCCUGUAAGUCUCUCACGGCUAUAAGGUUUGCAGGCAAUAAGUUAACAGGGCAGAUAUCUCCCCAAGUAAAGGAACUUGUGUCCCUAACUUUCCUGUCUUUUUCAGACAACAGAUUAACAAACAUUACAGGAGCUCUCAGCAUUCUGCAGGGAUGCAGGAAACUGUCCACUCUAGUCUUAGCUAAGAACUUUUACGAUGAAACGCUUCCAAGCAACGUAGACUUUGUUUCCUCAGAUGGAUUCCCUAAACUCUAA